AUGUUUUGUCUGCGGUCUGGCCACCGGUUGAGCUUCCGGCUGGGUUCCUGGAUCCAACGGGACAUCACCACCAGAAUACCGAUACGCCAGAAGGCCACAGAAGCCCUGCCUAACGCAUCAGGCCCAUAUAAGAGAUUGCCCACUGGUUCUCAGAAUGGCCCGCUGCGUGCGCCGCUUCGAUAUCCGCAGGCAAAGAGCCAACCAGGUCAAGGACGGGUUGUUCGCGCCAAACCGAAACAGAUAGUGAUAUACCAUGCGGGGACAGGGAAAAUCGCAUUUAUCGGCAUGAUGCGAGUCACCACUAUUCUCCUCUUCGUCGUUUCAUGUUCGGUGGUUGCUCCUGCGUUUUAUGCAGCAGACUUCCCGUGGUAUAUUGCGCCCGCAAUUGUUAUUGGCGGAGCUAUUCCUAUGCUGUUCGUCUCGUUUACGACCGCACCUUUCGUGAAUCAAGUUUACCUUUCGUUACCCGCCUUUACCCAACAAUCCAAAGAACAUCUGCGAACAUACUUGAACAAGAUUCCACGCACUGCAACAUUGAAUAUUGAGACUAUGAAGUUCAACUUCUAUCCAAAGCGAACACUUGUGUCGAUAGCUGACUUGGCCCCUCGGAAGUCGAAGCUUCGGCCUGUGAGCCUAAUGAACAUAAACCCACAACCUAGGCCUUGGUGGAAAGGAAAGGACCAGGUGCUCUUUUUCGCGCCUGAGAAGAGCCGGCCUGCAAAGUCUACUUCGAGGUUUCUCCCUGAGGCGUGGGAGAAGGUCUUUGCCCAAAUUAAGAAUAACCGGGCUCCGUGA